CCCCACACACACACUGCCAGACGCAGCCUCCCCAUUCUUUAAACCACGACCAGAAAGCCGCUGGGAUAUUCUGCCUGUGCAUCCUCUGUAGCUGGAAAGGCAAAUAUUGCAGGUGUUUAGGAAUAUUACAUUUUCUGUGUUUAUUAGUGAUCAUGUCAGCUAGACCGGGAUUCUAUCGCCAGGAGCUGAACAAGACAGUAUGGGAGGUGCCCGAACGUUACCAGAUCCUCACGCCGGUCGGUUCGGGCGCGUACGGCUCCGUGUGCUCGGCCUAUGAUGUGCAGCUUCGUCAGAAGGUAGCCAUUAAGAAGCUCUCUCGGCCAUUUCAGUCUCUCAUUCACAGUCGGCGCACCUACAGAGAACUGCGAUUGCUAAAGCACAUGAAACAUGAAAAUGUUAUUGGAUUGCUAGAUGUUUUCUCUCCUGCAGCAUCACUAGAAGAAUUCAAUGAGGUCUACCUUGUCACAAAUCUGAUGGGAGCAGACCUCAACAACAUAGUCAAGUUCCAACGCCUUUCAGAUGAGCAUGUCCAGUUCCUCAUUUAUCAGUUACUUCGUGGCCUUAAGUACAUCCAUUCAGCUGGACUUAUACACAGAGAUUUAAAACCAAGCAAUGUAGCUGUGAAUGAAGACUGUGAACUCAGGAUCCUGGAUUUCGGAUUGGCCAGGCAGACAGAUGACGAGAUGACUGGGUAUGUGGCGACACGCUGGUACAGAGCACCUGAAAUUAUGCUCAACUGGAUGCAUUAUAAUCAGACAGUGGACAUCUGGUCUGUGGGAUGCAUUAUGGGAGAGCUUAUCAAAGGGAAGGUCUUGUUUCCAGGAAAUGACUAUAUAGAUCAGCUGAAGAGAAUCAUGGAGGUGGUUGGUACCCCAAAUCCUGAGCUUCUGAAGAAGAUCUCUUCGGAGCAUGCCCAGAAAUACAUCCAGUCUUUACCCUACAUGCCCCAGCAGGAUCUGGGAAAGAUAUUCAGAGGAGCCAAUCCACAGGCGGUAGAUUUGUUGAAGAGAAUGUUGGUGUUAGACUGCGACAGGCGGAUCUCUGCCACUGAAGCCCUGUCCCACCCUUAUUUCUCUCAGUACCACGAUCCUGAAGAUGAGCCUGAAGCACCACUAUAUGACCAAACCCCCGAGAGCAAGGACCGCACGCUGGAAGAAUGGAAAGAGCUGGUGUUUGAGGAAGUUAACAGUUUUAAAACUCCGGCCAACCAAACAGACACCCUCCAGGCCGAGCAGUAAAAGUCGCUGUUAAACAUUCCAAAUCUGAGUCUAAACAACUACCCAAGAAGGACAAACUUUGUUGCUUUGUCUCUCAUAUGACUGAAGAUCUGAGGACCUACCAGUUAGGCAACUAGUAAACAAGAACAAUGCAUUCCAUAGGUGUAAAGUGUGUGUGUGUGUGUGCGUGUGUGUGUGUGUGUGUGUGUGUGUGUGUGUGUGUGUGUGUGUGUGUGUGUGUGUGUGUGUGUGUGCGUGUGUGCGUGUGUGCACGCACGUGUGUGUGUGUGUGUGUGUCUGUGAGACUUAUGAAUGCUGGAAAGAAAUAGGUCUCUACUUUCUAGAAUGCACAACCAAUUUAUUAUAGGGAGCAUGUGUUUUUAUGUACUUUUUUAUUACAAGGACGAUAUAAGAAAUGUGAAGUGAAAAAACAGAUGUCAAUCAAACCAAGGCAAAGAGGAGAAUCUCUGCCUGAAAUCUUCAUGUUUACAGAGAGGGAUUGAGUGAAAGGCAUUACCACUGAGUGACCAACACAAUGGGAAAAACUUGGAUGACGUGGGAUCAAAUAUAUUAUAGAAUAAUUAUUAUACAUUGCUCAUUUAAUAAUAAUAAUAAUAAUAAUAAUAAUAAUAAUAAUAAUAAUAAUAAUAAUAAUAAUAAUAAUAAUAAUAGAAGUAAAGUAUAUUGGUUUGUUGCACCAAAGAAAAAAGGAAACCAAACUACUGACAAAUAAUCCUAUAAUCGCGUGACAAGUUAGAAGAAAAUCUGUUAUGAUGUGAAGGUUUUUUGCUGCAUAGCUUGUGUUCAUUUGUCCCUCAGUAGAGGGAAGGAUCACUUAAAAAGGAUUACCAAGUUCUUCUGACUGAUCACCUUUAUCGUAUUAUGAAACACUUCUAUCCUGAUAUUCACUGAAUGAUUUGAUGAGUGUGAAAAUGAUGUGAAUCCUGCUAUGAUCUUAAACAUAACCAGGUCUCGAUGUAAAAGAAACGCUUACGAGUGAUUUUUGAGAUCAUCGUUAAUCACUAUUAUUAAAACAUCAACUAUAGGAAUAUCAUAUUCAGCACCUCCAGUACAGUAAGCGACUGCAUAGUCUAGUAUUGGUUUUAGCUUCAGUUUUUCACCUGUAGAUUUUUCUAUGACUGUCAUUUAAAGUGCUCAGUAUACAUAUAGAGUUAAGUACAAAGAGAUUGAAGUAAACAGGUAUAUUUACAUAAUUUGAAGUGACACUAACAACAGCUGAAAAGUCAAUGUUAAGAUAUUAGUUAUCAAAUUGAUAUUUCUGAAUGUGAUCUAAAUGUUGAUGCUCUUCUUUGUAGCUCUAAAGAUCUCUUCAGUUCUCAUGCUGUUUAUUUGGAAUCUAUCUGGCAGUUUUUGUGUUGAUAUUUUUUUCUCAGUAAUGGAUUUUAUUGUUGGUUUUGGUUACUGUAAACACCUAGAUAUAUUAAUUCACUCCUUAAAAGGUUGUGAAAGCUCUUUGACUCGAAAGCAAUUGACUCGACGUCCAGCAACCAACCAACCAACCAAAGAAAACAAAAGCUUACAAAGAAGUAUAUUUGAAACGCUCAUGCCUAACAUGAGUCGAAAAUAAACAUAGGUUUAAGUGAUUACUUAAUGAACUCGAGCACUAUUGUAGGGAUGCGAUAUACCGCAACAUGCAGCAUGUCCAUACAUGAUAAUAUCUCACCAUUACAGAUCUUCUUUAUAUGCUUUUAACCAAGAUGAUCAUAAUAUCAACAGCUUUUACAUACCUCAGUUGCUUUUGUGAGUGUGUGAAUGUGAAUUUGUCUGAAUUGAAAGUGAAAUGAUUUGUAUUGAGAUGUUGUAUGUUGUUCUUAAUACCUGUUCUUCCAAUGGCUAAGUGAACUGGUGCUUGAUUGACUGUAGAGUGUCUCUCGGUGUAUUUGCUGCAGAACUGAAUAUCAUUAUCGAGUGUUUUCAACACUUCACUCAAACACCGGUUAUUAAAGAAAUGUGAUCUCUAGUUGAGUUGGUUUGCACUGCACUGGUUAUAAAUUCUUUAGACCUCAAACAUUUUUUGCAAAAUAAAUAAAUAUAUUCCACCAACCUACUAUUGAAUUG